AUGGUAUCAAUUUGGCUCUUGAUUUCUCUAAUUGGAGUAUCAUAUGCAGCAUCCCCAAUGUGCUAUGCAGUCUCUAUUGAAGGCGGCGGAAGCCAUGGAGCAUUUGAAGCUGGUGCUCUCUGAACUCUUGCCUACAACUCGACCCAAAAUGUCCAAUGGAAUGUUGUAACAGGAAUUUCCACUGGAGCUUUAAACGCUGGAGGUUGCGCUCAAUUUGCCCAAGGACAAGAAAAAGCAAUGUCUGAUUUUCUAAUAAAUACUUGGCUCACACUUAAUGGCUCUGCUAGUGUUUUUGUGGAAUGGGAUGGUGGACUUGUUGAAGGCCUUUUGUUCCAACGUGGGGUUUAUGAUAACAAGCCACUUGUUAAGACUUUAAACUCAAAAUUCAUAUAUGGGGUUCAUAGAAACAUUACAAUAGGCUCCACAAACUUAGACACUGGGCUUUUUGGGCAAUUUAAUGAAACUCUUGGGCCUCAAGGUCUCUUAACCGCUAUUACUUGUUCUGCAUGUCCUCCUUGGUACUUCCCUCCAACUAACUUUUUGGGCAGCACUUGGGUUGAUGGAGGCGUCGUGAUAAAUCUCGAUGUGUUUGCAGCUGUAAACAGAUGCCUUGACGUUGUUUCUGACCAAUCACAAAUUGUUGUUGACUUAAUUUAUGAUAGCACUAACUAUACAAUCCCAGCAGAAACUAAUAUGACUACUUUUGACGUGUUUAGACGAGUAAAAGAAAUUAAAGACUAUGAUGGACAAAUGUGGUUCUAUUAUAACGCAAUUACGGCUUGGCCUAAGGUGAAUUAUAGAUACGUCAUUUUCCCUAGCCAAGCAAUGCCUGGAGGUCCUGGAGUUCCACUUGACUUUAACCAAACAGUACUCGUAAAUGAAGUAGCGCUUGGAAAGAGUGAUACCCUUAACGUACUCAAUAGCAAAGUUGAUGGAAAAACGAUUUUAAUGCAAAGAUAUCACGAAAACAAGAGUAAAGUCAUUUACCCUUAA